AUGAUGGAACAUCGCCGUCGGGAUCGGCUAUCCCAAUCGUCAGCCGCAGACACUAGUAUAUCCACGUCUGAGAAAGAAGACCGACCAAGAAAAGCCUCUGGGGCCAACCGCAUCUUCUCCUGGACAAGCAUCCUCGCGGUUUUGGUUCUGGGUCUCGCCGUGUCGCAAUGGCUGCGGAGCACACCCGUGGAGCUUCCGCCGCUGAUCCGGGGCAAGGACAACACUGUCCUCUUUCUCGCACACGCCGAGUCGGGCCAGAUCAACGUGCAGCUGGCUACCGUGCAGGCGCUGGCACAGGCUCACCCGGAAAUAGACAUUCACAUUGCCUCCUUUUCAACGGCGGCAAAACAUGUUGAGCGGGCGUCGGCCUUUGCGCUUGCCAAGACAUCUUCUGGCCGCGGCAUCAAAUUCCACGAGCUGCCGGGGCCAGACCGGUCCGCCGCCAUAAUGCGCAGGCUCGGCUGUGAUGGGCGCUCCGUUGACGAUUGCAUAUCCCAUCGCCCCGGGGCCGCAGGCAUAGCCAGCCUAGUCUCUCAGCUCGAGGUGGCCGUGAUCAGCUGGAAUGGUACCGAGCACUACGCCAUCUACCAGGAGGUGAUUCGGCUCGUAGACGAGAUUGACCCUGCCGUGGUCGUGCUGGAUUACCUGCACCGUCCCGGCGUCGAUGCCAUCCGCCACCUGAACCGGGCCCACGUGAUAAUUACUCCCAAUGCUCUGUCGGAUGUGGUUACGUUUAUCCAGGACUACGGAGCCGGGCUCUGGAAAUAUCCUGCUCUCGGCACGGGCUUCACUUUCCCAGUGCCCUGGCAUCGAAUCCCGGAGAACUUAUACGUCAACCUGAGGUUCAUAUACUCGGCAAUAUUCAAGCCUCUCUCGCGGGACGUAAUGUCGUACUUGCGAAGCAAGGGAGUCAAACCAAUCGAGCUAUUCGAUCUGCGCCCCGACGCCUUGUUCAUCUCACAGACGCUGCCCGAGGCCAGCCUGCCAGUCACCAACGUCCCCGCCAAUGUGACUGCCGUCGGCGCCUUGCUUCUCGACUCGGCACCGGCGGCGCAGCAGGACGCCGGCUUGGUCAAGUGGCUGCAAAAGCCUACCGUUGUGGUCAAUCUGGGCAGCCUUUUCACGUACAGCGAAGAGAGGGCCAUUACCAUGGCUGCGGCUAUUGGAUGGCUACUUGACCACACAGACUUUCAGGUGUUGUGGAAAAUGGCACCACAUAAUGAUUUUGGCGAUGCAUAUGCUGCACCUCUUCAGGAAUUCGUCAAACAGGAAAGAUUGAAAAUAUCACACUGGCUGCCAAUCGACACCUUGGGCUUGUUAGAGGCCGGAAACGUGGUAGCGUUCAUCCAUCAUGGCGGAGCGAGCAGCUACCACGAAGCCGUCGUAGCUGGUGUGCCGCAGGUCGUGAUACCAAUGUGGGAGGACUUGUACAAUUUUGCCCAGUUGGCCGAGGACCUAGGUAUUGGCGUCUACGCCUGUCGCCGUACGGCUCCAGCCUGGACUGUGGAGGAUCUGGUGGAUGCAUUUGGCAAGGUGGUCAUGGAGACAGAAGCGAGUCUCAAAAUGCGCGAGACGGCGCAUCGUAUUGGAGUGAUUUCGAGAAAAAGACCAGGGCGGGAGGUUGCAGCUGAACUGAUUGCUGAAAUGGUUGUACCACAAUAA